AUGUCGGGAAAGAAAGUUAUAAUUGGUGGUGGAACAGGCUUCAUAGGACAAAGACUAAACAAAUUGCUUACUGCCCAUGGUUAUAAUGUAGUGAAUGUUUCUCGUAUGCCUGCGGCCAAUAACGUAUCCUGGUCAACAAUAGAAAAAUCAGGCUUACCAGCUAAAACCACUGCAGUUGUUAAUUGUGCAGGACAACAGUUUAUGGAUUUUACUAAAAGUUGGACGCCAGGAUUCAAGCAAAAUGUUCUCAAUUCACGUGUCUACACAACUAAGGCAUUAUCACAGGCCAUUAACCAGAGCAAUGAUAAACCUAAAGUAUUUGUGUUGGUUACUGGUGUUGGUGCUUAUGAACCUUCGGAUACAAUUAAAUAUGAUGAAAGCAGUCCAACUACAGGAACCGAUUUCUUUUCAAAACUUUUAGUAGCAUGGGAAAAGGCAGCAUGUGUUAAUCCACCUGUAAGACUUGUAAUAAUAAGAUCUGGAGCUGUUAUUGGUAGAGAUGGAGGUAUGAUUAAGAAUAUGAUUGUGCCCUUUUUCUUUGGAAUGGGAGGGAGAUUAGGGUCUGGAAAGCAAUAUUUGCCAUGGAUUCACAUUGAUGAUCUCACACGUCUUAUUCAAUACUCUAUUGAAAAUGAAGAAGUGAAAGGGAUUCUGAAUGGUGUAGCACCACAAGUAGUGACAAAUGAACAGUUUACUCAGUCGUUCGCUAAAGCUAUGAGCAGACCUGCGUUUUUGCCAGUCCCAGAACCAGUAUUGAACUUCUUGCUUAACCCUGAACGGGCUAUGAUUGUAACCAAAGGACAGUAUGUGGUACCUAAACGGGUGCUCGAGUAUGGAUUUAAGUAUCAGUACGACAAUAUUGAUGAUGCUUGCAAAGAAUGCGCGUAUUUAUUUGGCAAACAA